AUGAUGUCAGCUGGGCUACAGAUGCUGGGCGCGGCCCUGGCGAUCAUCGGCUGGCUGCGACGUGUCAUCAUCUGUGCUCUGCCCAUGUGGAAGGCGACAGCCUUCAACUCACACCAAACAUUCACCGCUCAGGUCAUCUGAGAGGGUUUCUGGUGCAUGGGCCAGGCCAUCAUCUUAAUCAUCGCCGGAGUGCACGCCAUCUUGUUGGGCAUCGCCGGGGGGAAGUGCAUCAACUUAGUGGAUGACGAGAGGUCCAAGGCCAAGGUAUCCAACGCUAGCGGGGUUGUCUUCCUCAUCACUGCCCUCCUGGUCUUAGUCCCUGUCUGCUGGUCGUCCAACACCAUCAUCCAAGACCAAGACUCCUACAACCCCCUUUCAGGCUACCACAGGGAGCUGGGAGCCUCGCUCUACACCGGCUGGGGCCCCAAUUGGUAUUUUGAGGGUCCAAUCAUAAUGCUUACAUCGAGGCAGAUGCCCCAUGGAUAG